ACCUUUAUUCUAUUAACGAUACAAGGGUAAACACUUAGCAAUACAACUUUAUCAAGCACAAUGAUGAUGUUCAGGAUGAUACUCGUCUGCGCUUUGGUUGGGGCUGGCUCCGCGCUGAGCUGCAGGUGGAUGGAGCAUAAAUAUAGAGACUACAGAGACAACUCUUUGGGUCUUCUUAACGCAAUGGUGAACAACUCCAUCAGUUCCAUCAACUCCACUGAAGACGCUGAUCUGGAGGAUGCCGUAGCCUUCCCAAAUGAGCUCUAUAACGUUGCAUCUAAAGCAAUUACAGAGGAGAGGAUCAGAUUCGUGGCACAGCUUCUGGAUGAGAUUGUCGCCCUGUUUGAGGAGGACCAGACGUCUGCGUCCUGGCACGAGAGCGCAGUGGAUGACUUUCUCAACGUCAUUACGCAGCAAGCAGAUGGACUCCGAUCAUGCGUUGCAUCCCAGAGCCUCAAAAGAAAGAACAGGAAGCUGAGCAUGUAUUUCAAGAGGCUGUCAACUCUGCUAGAGCAAAUGAGUCAUAGUGCAGAAGCCUGGGAAUGGAUCCACACAGAAGUCAAACUGCAUCUCCAAAGAGCAGACCUCCUGAUCGCCGCUAAAACCAACUAA